GGCGGCGGCGGCGGCGGCUGCUCGUGUCGGCUCCGGGCGGCCCCCGCGCCGCAGCCCGCGCCGUGUCCGCGGCGGAGCCGCCCAGGUGCGCAGGAGGAUGGUGGCGCGGCCCUAGGCCCACGCUCCGCACCAUGACCUGCUGGCUGUGCGUCCUGAGCCUGCCCCUGCUCCUGCUGCCUGCGGCACCGCCCCCGGCUGGAGGCUGCCCGGCCCGCUGCGAGUGCACCGCGCAGACCCGCGCCGUGGCCUGCACGCGCCGCCGCCUGACCGCCGUGCCCGAAGGCAUCCCGGCCGAGACGCGCCUGCUGGAGCUCAGCCGCAACCGCAUCCGCUGCCUGAACCCGGGCGACCUGGCCGCGCUGCCCGCGCUGGAGGAGCUGGACCUGAGCGAGAACGCCAUCGCGCACGUGGAGCCCGGCGCCUUCGCCAACCUGCCGCGCCUGCGCGUCCUGCGUCUCCGUGGCAACCAGCUGAAGCUCAUCCCGCCCGGGGUCUUCACGCGCCUGGACAACCUCACGUUGCUGGACCUGAGCGAGAACAAGCUGGUCAUCCUGCUGGACUACACGUUCCAGGACCUGCACAGCCUGCGCCGGCUGGAGGUGGGUGACAACGACCUGGUGUUCAUCUCGCGCCGCGCCUUCGCGGGGCUGCUGGCCCUGGAGGAGCUGACCCUGGAGCGCUGCAACCUCACGGCUCUGUCCGGGGAGUCGCUGGGCCACCUGCGCGGCCUGGGCGCCCUGCGGCUGCGCCACCUGGCCAUCGCCGCGCUGGAGGACCAGAACUUCCGCAGGCUGCCCGGGCUGCUGCACCUGGAGAUUGACAACUGGCCGUUGCUGGAGGAGGUGGCCGCAGGCAGCCUGCGGGGCCUGAACCUGACGUCGCUGUCCGUCACCCACACCAACAUCACUGCCGUGCCGGCCGCCGCGCUGCGGCACCAGGCGCACCUCACCUGCCUCAAUCUGUCGCACAACCCCAUCAGCACGGUGCCGCGGGGGUCGUUCCGGGACCUGGUCCGCCUGCGCGAGCUGCACCUGGCCGGGGCCCUGCUGGCCGUGGUGGAGCCUCAGGCCUUCCUGGGCCUGCGCCAGAUCCGCCUGCUCAACCUCUCCAACAACCUGCUCUCCACGUUGGAGGAGAGCACCUUCCACUCGGUGAACACGCUGGAGACGCUGCGCGUGGACGGGAACCCGCUGGCCUGCGACUGUCGCCUGCUGUGGAUCGUGCAGCGUCGCAAGACCCUCAACUUCGACGGGCGGCUGCCGGCCUGCGCCACCCCGGCCGAGGUGCGCGGCGACGCGCUGCGAAACCUGCCGGACUCCGUGCUGUUCGAGUACUUCGUGUGCCGCAAACCCAAGAUCCGGGAGCGGCGGCUGCAGCGCGUCACAGCCACCGCGGGCGAAGACGUCCGCUUCCUCUGCCGCGCCGAGGGCGAGCCGGCGCCCACGGUGGCCUGGGUGACCCCCCAGCACCGGCCAGUGACUGCCACCAGCGCAGGCCGGGCGCACGUGCUCCCCGGGGGGACGCUGGAGAUCCAGGACGCGCGGCCGCAGGACAGCGGCACCUACACGUGCGUGGCCAGCAACGCGGGCGGCAACGACACGUACUUCGCCACGCUGACCGUGCGCCCCGAGCCGGCCGCCAACCGGACCCCGGGCGAGGCCCACAACGAGACGCUGGCGGCCCUGCGCGCGCCGCUGGACCUCACCACCAUCCUGGUGUCCACCGCCAUGGGCUGCAUCACCUUCCUGGGCGUGGUCCUCUUCUGCUUCGUGCUGCUGUUCGUGUGGAGCCGCGGCCGUGGGCAGCACAAGAACAACUUCUCGGUGGAGUACUCCUUCCGCAAGGUGGAUGGGCCGGCCGCCGCGGCGGGCCAGGGGGGCGCGCGCAAGUUCAACAUGAAGAUGAUCUGAGGGGUCCCCAGGGGCGGGCCCUCCCCUCCCACCCCUCGCGGGCCGGCCGCUCGCGUGUCCACCUAUGCAUUUUCCGGAGGGGGCGGGGGCGGCUGCACGGCGGCUCCCCUGGCAGAACUUCCCCUUUUUUUGUAGACGCCCAACCGCAGGACUGUUUUUCAUCAGCAUGCGUCUUUUUGCAGUUUCUCAAGCGUUUUCUAAAGGUUUCAACCCGUCUUCCUGUCCCUGCUAUGGUGGCUGAGUUGGUGGUGGGGGUGCGGGCUGCAAGGGUGGGGUGAUGGGCUCCCAUCUACCAACCUGGAAUGACUGGGGGUGCUGAGAGACCCCAAGAUCCUCAG